AAGAAGUUUUAGCGCGGGGCAACUGGUCCCGCGAAUACGUCUGUGUUUAAUCCAAUCUCCGUUAAUAGUGCGGCCUAAAACGAUGUGGAAGCUUCUGUGGACCGCCACGCUUGUGGCGGCCCUCUCAACGUGCGAUGGGCACGAGAGAAGCAAAAGAGCAAUAUAUGGUUAUGCGCAGCCUCAAGAAACGUUCGAAGGCUACGAUUAUUCCCCGCCAAGUAACCCACUCGUUCUUCCAACCAGUAACGAGCAAGUCACUGAAAAGCCUGGAAUAAAUGAAUACAACUAUCCAACAUCGAUAAAUCAAAUCACGCUACCAACGAGGCCACCCCCACCACCACCAACACCGUCACCGAGACCACCACAACCUCCGGUUCAAACGAGACCACCGCAAACAUCUCAGGUGACUGGAUACGACUAUCCGAAACCAGAAAAACCAUUCCCGCCAAUACAGAGACCAACGUCACCGCCAGUGAUCGCGACUAGGCCUCCACCACCACCUCAGAGACCCGAGUAUGAAUAUCCUCAACCAAACAACCCAUUCCCGUUUCCAUCAAGACCGCCACCACCGCCUCAAGUACCGACCAAACUACCACCGGUGAUCCAGACGAGGCCAACGCCUCCCCCUGUGAUUCAAACAAGGCCUCCACCACCGCCGCAACGACCAGCAUAUGAAUACCCUCAACCAAACAACCCAUUCCCGUUCCCAGCAAGACCAACACCACCACCUGUAAGUCAAACACGGCCACCACAACCUCCGAUACAGACCAGACCACGACCAACAAAAAUACAAUCAACUCCGCCACCGAUAUCUGAAGUAACUGGAUACAACUAUCCAAAACCGGAAAAACCAUUUCCACCACCACAGAGGCCAACACUACCACCAGUGAUCCAGACAAGGCCAACGCCUCCGCCUGUGAUUCAAACAAGGCCCCCACCACCACCGACAAGACCAGAGUAUGAAUACCCUCAACCAAACAACCCAUUCCCGUUCCCGGCAAGACCAACAUCACCACCUGUAAUUCAAACACGGCCACCACCACCUCCGGUACAGACCAGACCACCGCCGGUGAUCCAAACGAGACCAACGUCCCCACCCGUGAUUCAAACGAAGCCUCCACCACCUCAGAGACCAGAAUAUCAAUACCCGCAACCAAACAACCCAUUCCCGUUCCCGGCAAGACCAACACCACCACCUGUAAUUCAAACACGACCACCACCACCUCCGAUACAGAGCAGACCACAACCAAUAAAAAUACAAUCAACUCCGCCACCGAUAUCUGAAGUAACUGGAUACAACUAUCCAAAGCCGGAAAAACCAUUCCCGCCACCACAAAGGCCCACGCCGCCACAGGUGAUUCAAACAAGGCCAACGCCUCCGCCUGUGGUUCAAACAAGGCCCCCAACACCACCGCAGAGACCAGAGUAUGAAUACCCUCAACCAAAUAACCCAUUCCCAUUCCCAGCAAAACCAACAUCACCACCUGUAAUUCAAACACGGCCACCACCACCCCCGGUACAGACCAGACCACGACCAAUAAAAAUACAAUCAACUCCACCACCGAUAUCUGAAGUAACUGGAUACAACUAUCCAAAACCAGAAAAACCAUUCCCGCCACCACAAAGACCCACGCCAGCACCGGUGAUCCAGACAAGGCCAACGCCUCCGCCUGUGAUUCAAACAAGGCCCCCACCACCACCGCAGAGACCAGAAUAUGAAUACCCUCAACCAAACAACCCAUUCCCGUUCCCAACAAGACCAACACCACCACCUGUAAUUCAAACACGGCCACCACCACCUGUGGUACAAACAAGACCUCCACCAAUAAUUCAAACGAGACCUCCAACGCCAUCAACAGAAAAACCUGGGUACAACUAUCCAACUCCGCAGGAACCAUUCCCUUUUCCAAGCACAACCAGCAGGCCAUUUACGUAUCAAACUCCGAGUACAACAAGCAGGCCAUAUACUUAUCAAACCCCAAGUACAACCAAUAGGCCAUUUACGUAUCAAACUCCGAGUACAACAAGCAGACCAUAUACUUAUCAAACCCCAAGUACAACCAAUAGGCCAUUUACGUAUCAAACUCCAAGUACAACAAGCAGGCCAUAUACUUAUCAAACUCCGAGUACAACAAGCAGGCCAUAUACUUAUCAAACCCCAAGUACAACCAGUAGGCCAUUUACGUAUCAAACUCCGAGUACAACAAGCAGGCCAUAUACUUAUCAAACUCCGAGUACAACAAGCAGGCCAUAUACUUAUCAAACUCCGAGUACAACAAGCAGGCCAUAUACUUAUCAAACCCCAAGUACAACCAGUAGGCCAUUUACGUAUCAAACUCCGAGUACAACAAGCAGGCCAUAUACUUACCAAACUCCGAGUACAACAAGCAGGCCAUAUACUUAUCAAACUCCGAGUACAACAAGCAGGCCAUAUACUUAUCAAACACCAAGUACAACCAGUAGGCCAUUUACGUAUCAAACUCCGAGUACAACAAGCAGGCCAUAUAUUUAUCAAACUCCGAGUACAACAAGCAGGCCAUAUACUUAUCAAACACCAAGUACAACCAGUAGGCCAUUCACGUAUCAAACUCCGAGCACAACGAGUAGGCCAUUUACAUAUCAGCCGUCAAGUACACCAGUGCCAUUCCAAGGAUCCACUUAUCUGCCUCCGGUCGACACAACGCCUCGACCGAAGCCAUACCAACCUCCGACCCCAUCUCAACCGCCAUUCCGACCCUCGUACCAACCUCCAACACCAACACGACCACCUUACCAACCACCAACCCCGACAAGACCCCCAUACCAGCCAUCAACACCACCACCCUACCAACCACCAACCCCGACACGACCUCCAUACCAGCCAUCAACCCCGAAGCCAGCUCCUUAUCUACCUCCAAACCAACCUUCGACUCCAAUCAGACCUCCGUAUCAACCACCAACACCAACACGACCACCUUACCAACCACCGACACAGCCACCAACGCGACCACCUUAUCAACCACCAACCCCGACAAGACCCCCAUACCAGCCAUCAACUCCAAAACCAGCUCCUUACCUACCUCCAAACCAACCUUCGACUCCAAUCAGACCUCCGUAUCAACCACCAACACCAACACGACCACCUUACCAACCACCGACACAGCCACCAACGCGACCACCUUAUCAACCACCAACCCCGACAAGACCCCCAUACCAGCCAUCAACUCCAAAACCAGCUCCUUACCUACCUCCAAACCAACCUCCGACGCCGACCAGACCUCCAUACCAACCACCAACGCCAACACGACCACCUUACCAACCACCGACACAACCACCAACGCGACCUCCUUACCAACCUCCAACGCCGACACGACCACCUUACCAGCCCUCAACUCCGACCAGGCCUCCAUAUGUGCCGACUAACCAGACACCGACUCCAAUCAAACCACGACCUCCCCAGCAACCUGUUACAAGACCUCCGCCAUAUUUACCUCCGUCCUCUGAAAGACCUGCUUACACGAGAAUCGAUGUGCCGCCAAAUCCUACUGUACUUUACAGCAUUACACCUAGUACUACUAGCCCACGACCUGCGACAGGCAGUCCAUAUUCUCCACCAACAAUUCCUACACCCACAUCUCCGAAAAAUGAUGGAUAUCACUACGCGAUCCCAGAUAUACCAUUCGAUUACUAAAAAUCUGAAAUCAAGUAAGUUAGUACUAUUGUUCGUAUUGCAGUGGUUCAAUACUAUAAUAAAAAUGCGUUUACAUGAACGGACGAUACUUCUUUUUUAAGAAAACUAUAGGAAAGUAAUUGCUGUCUUCAAAUGUAUUCUGUAACGAGACAAACUCUUUUUAUACCUUUAUGUGCAAUGUAUGUGAUUACGAAAUGAAUAAACACAUAUUGUUAGUAAA